AUGGCUUUCAAGCUUGUCCUCCUCGCCGCCUUCGUGGCCGCCGCCCAGGCCGGCGUCCUGGCCCCCGCCCCCCUGGCCUACUCGGCUGGCAUCGCGCACGCCCCUCUGGGCUACGCCGCCGCCCCCGUGGCCUACUCCGCCCCCGCCUACGCCCACGCCGCCCCCCUCGCCUACUCCGCCCCCGUCGUCAAGAGCAUCGCCGCCCCCGUCGCCUACGCCGCUGCCCCCGCCCCCGUCCUGGCCAAGACCGUCGUCGACACCGACUUCGACCCCAACCCUAGCUACAGCUACGCCUACGAUGUGCAGGACGCCCUCACCGGCGACUCCAAGAACCAGCACGAGUCCCGCCAGGGUGAUGUCGUCCAGGGCUCCUACUCCCUGACCGACCCCGACGGCACCCGCCGUACCGUCGACUACACCGCCGACCCCGUCAACGGCUUCAACGCCGUCGUCCGCAAGGAGGCCAUCGGUGUGCCCGUCGUCAAGGCCGUCGCCGCCCCCGUGGUCGCCAAGGUGGCCGCCCCCGUUGCCUACGCCGCUCCCGCUGCGUACGCCGCCCCCGCCUACGCCCACGCCGCGUACGCCGCCCCCAUCGCCAAGGUGGCCGCCCCCGUGGCCUACGCCGCUGCCCCCGCCUACUACCACUAAGAAGCCAAAAAUGUCCGGGACCUGCAAAACCCUUUGCUGGGACCACAAAAACAGAGCAAAAUACAAAACAUAAUUUAUUGACUA